AUGUUCUCCGAGAUGGAUUAUCGAACGCGCUUCUUCCUUGGCCUCCUGGAGAGCCUCUUUCCUCCGUUCAUCACUACGUACAUCUCGCUUUCUGUCGCUCGUCACGCUCGCUUCGACGCCCUUGCUGUUGUUAUAUACGUCCUCUCACCAUGCGUUUGGAUCUCUUUGAAGGCAUGGUAUACGACCUGGACGAACGACCGACGUGCCAGGCAACUCGGUGCGAGGAUCAUUCCUCGCGCUCGCGGAAAGUGGCCAGGGAACAUCGAUAUCAUGUUCAGGUUCGCUAGGGACUUGCGCCACGGGUAUGUUCUGGAGUCCAUGGGGAACUUGCUCGACGAGUAUGGAUGUGAUACGCUCAACACCCGCAUCCUAUGGAAGGAUAACUUCUUGACUCGUGAUAACCUGCAUAUGCAGGCGAUGCACUCGACUAACUUUGAUCUCUUUGAGAGAGGUCCUGAGCAGUUUCAUACAAUGGGUACAUUCCUGGGUCGCGGAAUCUUCGUGACGGAUGGACUGCCCUGGAAGAAGAAUAGAGCACUCAUUCGGCCGUUCUUGAGCCGAGAGCGCGUCUCAGACUUUGAGAUCCUUGCGAAACACGCCGAAAAGACGCUUGCCAUCCUCGCAGACGCUGCCGAGAGUCAGCAGCCAAUCGAUCUCCAAGACCUAUUCCUGCGUUUCACUCUCGACGCCGGCGCGGAAUUCAUUCUGGGCUUCUACCCGGACUCGCUCUCAGGCCCGCGGCCGGUUCCGUACAAGGCGCGUAUCGGCGCGAAGGGUUCGACCAUUGACGACGAGUUUGGCACGUUCGCGCAGGCGUUUGAGGAGGUGCAGGUUACGAUCUCCAUGCGCUGGAGGCUGAACGCCUUCUGGCCGCUGUAUGAGCUCUUCGGAGAUCGCACCCUUCCGAGCGUCAACACCAUCAUGAUGUGGGUGAAACCCAUCGUUACGAAGGCGCUCGAAGGCAAGAAGCGCGCUGACGAGCAAGGCGCCACGCUCAAUCGCGAGGAGAGGACGUUGUUGGACAGUCUCGUGGAAAGUACCGACGAUGAAGAGACUGUUCGCUACGGAUUGCUCAAUGUCAUGAUGGCGGCUCGCGACACGACUGCAGGUCUACUCACCUACACAAUGUACUUCCUGACCCAACACCCAAACGUCACGAAGCGACUUUUGGAUGAGGUGAUCGCGGUGUGUGGACCCUUUGGGAAUCCUACGCAGGCGACCAUCCGCAAGCUGACUUACAUGACUGCUGUGCUCAAUGAGACGCUGCGCUUGUACCCCGGCGCGCCUCUCGGGAUCCGCCACUCGAUCAAGGAGGUCCUCCUCCCGUCGUCUGAUGGUGGUCCACCUCUGUACUUACCCGCGAAAUCGCGGAUGACCUGGAUGACCCUCCACCUCCACCGUCGCAAGGAUCUAUGGGGCGAAGAUAGUGAAACCUUUGAUCCAGAGCGGUGGUUAGACCCAAAGAGAAUCGCUCACUACCAGCAGGAUCCGUCGGUCUUCGUCCCCUUCCUCUCUGGACCGAGGAUGUGUCCUGGACAAGCGUUCGCGCUGACCGAAGCGUCCUUCAUGCUCUGCAAGCUUCUCCAGCGGUUCUCCAAAUUUGAGCUCGUGCCCGAGGCCAUUCCGAGAGGAGCGGAACCACCUGAAGCCUGGAAGGCGGGCAAGGGACGCAAGGCGUUUGAGAAGAUCUGGCCCGGUACGGCCUUCACGAUCUACGUUAAGGGCGGGAUGUGGGCUCGCUUGGGACGAUAG